ACCAUUUCCUUUCAGUUGUUCCCAGCCAGACUCUCUGGUUGGGAGGAACAGCAGCUUUAGCUGGAUUCUCCACGGCACUCACGAACAUCAUCAGCAGCAGCAGUAGCAGCAGCAGCAGCAGCUUUCAAAGACUUCACUACAUCAGCCACCGUGACACUGCAAUGACCUCGCUCAGGCUGUUACCCUUGUUGCACUCCAUCCUCAUCCUACAAGUCCAUUUUUCUAACCAGUUGGAGGACAACAAGAUCCCUCCUAGUCUGUGCACUGGUCACCCAGGGAUCCCAGGCGCUCCCGGAGCUCAUGGCAGUCCUGGUCAGCCAGGGAGAGACGGGAGGGAUGGGAGAGAUGCUGCUCCAGGGGAGAAGGGAGAGAAAGGGGACAGGGGAGACCCAGGUGAGACAGGAGCGCGAGGCCUGACCGGAGACAGAGGUGACCCAGGAGAGAAGGGGGAAACGGGGCAGCCAGGAGAGUGCGCUGUGGCCCCAAGAUCAGCCUUCAGUGCCAAGCUAUCUGAGGGCCUCACUUUACCCCUCACUGUGGGUGAUGCAGUCCGCUUCGACAAGAUCAUGUUGAAUGAACAGGGUGACUACAACUCAGAGACGGGACGCUUCACCUGCAAAGUCCCUGGAGUCUACUACUUUGCCGUCCACGCCACAGUCUACCGUGCCAGCCUGCAGUUUGACCUGAUGAAGAACGGACACACGGUGGCAUCUUAUUUCCAGUUUUACGGAAACUGGCCCAAACCAGCAUCUCUGUCAGGGGGCUCCCUGCUCCACCUUGUCCCUGGUGACCAGGUCUGGGUCCAGAUGGCUCUGUCAGAGUACAAUGGGUUUUACACGAGCACCAAGACAGACAGCAUCUUCACCGGCUUCCUGGUGUACUCAUAUUGGAAAAACUCUGCUGUGUUUGCAUGACAGAUGCUAAUGUACAAAACGAAGUCAUACUCCCCGGUGGGAAAGGAACCACAAUCUAUUUUUUGCCUAUUUUAUUUUCCUAAUUGAAACAUUGUGGAUAAUGACAAGUGAAUGGGCUAUGACAUGGUGCAGCUGUAUUUGUGUAAUAAGCAAAAGCAAAAAAAACAAACAAAAAAACAAAAAAACAAAACACAAGACAAUGUUACUUGAAUGCUUGAAUGGCACAUACCAUACUGGUGAAGUGUGAGGUACAUACACUGAGCAGUUAUGUUUAUUCAGUGUCUGUUCUUUAGUUGCAGCUUUUAAACAGUUGCGACAGUUAAUUCUUGUACCAGAUGUUGUGACAACGGUCUCCAGCCAACUCCAGGCCACAAAUUCAAACAGCUUUCUUGCUAUUAUUGCACUUUGUUUCUCAUCCGUCUCUACACAGCGAACAUGAAACAUGAAUAAACCAUUUUAGUUUUUAAAACA